AUGCCAGCUGCUGCCAAGGCCCAGGAUGGAGGGAAGAAUGAGCCUGGGAAGGGGCAAACCCCAGCUGCAGGAGAGUCCAGAGGAGGGGAGGGAGCAGCCGUGGAAAGGAAGGCUCCAGCUGGUGCCAAGGCUCAGCAUGGAGGGAAGGAGAAGCCCAAGGAGGAGAAGGCUUUGUCUGCAGGAGAGCAUAAAGGAGAACAGGCAGUGCCUGCAGGAGGGAAGGAUCCAGAUGCUGCCAGGGCUCAGGAUGGAGGAAAAGAUGAGCCCAGGAAGGAGCAAACCCUGGAGAGUGGUGGGAAAGCAAAGCCCAUGGAGAAGAAAACUCUGGCUGCAGAGGAGGCUGAAGAAGGGAAGACAAAGUCCAUAGAGGAAGAGGCAGCCUUGGCUGUAGCACAGGCUGGAGAUGGAGGCAACAAAGAGCCCCCAAAGGAGAAGGUUCCAGCUGCUGAAAAAGCUCAGGAUGCAGGGAAGAAAACUGUAGAGGCAGAAAAAGCUCCAGCUGAUAAAAGACCUGCAAAGGAGAAGGGCCCAGGUGCUGCCAAGGCUCAUCAUGGAGAGCAGACAGCAGCCAAGACAGAAAAAGUCCCAGCUACAAAGAAAGCUCAAGACAGAAGCAAAGAAGAGCCUGCAAAGGAGAAGGCUUCAGCUCCUGCCAAGGCUAAGGAUGAAGAAAAUCAAGAGGCAAAGGCAGAAAAAGCUCCAGCUGCCAAAAAGGCUGAAGGUGGAAGCAAAGAAGAACCUUCAAAUGAGAAGACCCCAGCUCCUGCAAGGGACGAGGCCCUAGAUUCUGCCAGGGCUCAGGAUGGAGAGAAGGCAGCAGCCAAGGCAGAGAAAAGCCCAGCUGCAAGGGUGCCUCAAGAUGGAAGCAAAGAGCCUGCAAAGGAGAAGCUCCCAGCUCCUGCCAAGGCUCAGGUUGGAGAAAAUAAAGUGGCCAAGGCAGAAAAAGCCUGCAAAGAAGCUGCAAAGAAGCCUCCAAAUGGAGGCAAAGAAGAACCUGCAAAGGAGAAGACCCUGGCUGCUGCCAAGGCUCAGGAUGGAGAGAAGGCAGCAGACAAAGCCCCAGCUGCAAGGAAGCCUCAAGAUGGAAGCAAAGAAUCUGCAAAGGAGAAGGUCCCAGCAGCUGCCAAGGUGGCAAAAUCCACGGUGGCAAAAAAGGCUGAGGGGCAAAGCAAAGAAGAGCCUGCAGAGAAGGUUCCAGCAGCUGCCAAGGAGAAGGCCCUGGCUGCUGAGGGUGAAGGGAAGGAAGGGACAGAGGUGGAGCCUCCCUUGGCUGCAGCAGAGGCUGGGGAUGGAGGCCAGGAGGCCACAGAGGCAGCAAAGAUGGAGAAGCAGCAGCCAAGGGGCACUGAGCCCCCUCACCCGGUUCUGCAGCAGAGCCUGAGCUGCCCAGCCGCCUGCCAAAGGGAGGAGCAGCCCUGGCGGGAGGCGAUGGAGAUGAUUCCAGAGGAGAGCACAGCGGCGGAGCCUGGCCCUGCCCCACCAGCCCUGGGGGACCUGCAGCCCCCCAGCACCCUCCAGGAGAGGACAUUGCCCAGUACCACAGGGCAGUCUGGCCCUGAGGGACAACCACCCUCAGUGGAGGCACAGCCAUCACCCAGCCCCUACCUCACCCCCGACUUUAGGAAGGAAGACCCCUCAGAGAUACUGGAUGAUGUCCCUCCUCCACCAGCGCCCUUUGCUCACCGUGUUGUCACCCUGCGCUCUGCCACUGUCAGCUCCCAGUUCAACCUUGACUCCAAGGACAUCCUGGGAGGGGGCAAGUUUGGUGAGGUCCACACCUGCACGGAGAAGCAGACGGGGCUGAAGCUGGCAGCCAAAGUGAUCCGGAAGCAGGGUGCCAAGGACAAGGAGAUGGUGCUGCUGGAGAUCGACGUCAUGAACCAGCUGAACCACCACAACCUCAUCCAGCUCUACGACGCCAUCGAGACUCCCAGGGAGAUCAUCCUCUUCAUGGAGUUCAUUGAGGGCGGGGAGCUGUUCGAGCGGAUCAUCGACGACGACUAUCACCUGACGGAGGUGGACUGCAUGGUCUUCGUGCGGCAGAUCUGCGAAGGCAUCCGCUUCAUGCACCACAUGCGCGUCCUCCACCUCGACCUCAAGCCUGAGAACAUCCUCUGCGUGGCUGCUGUCGGGCACAUGGUGAAGAUCAUUGAUUUUGGGCUGGCUCGAAGGUACAACCCCCAGGAGAAGCUGAAGGUGAACUUUGGCACCCCUGAAUUCCUCUCCCCAGAGGUGGUCAACUAUGAGCAAGUCUCCUACUCCACAGACAUGUGGAGCCUGGGCGUCAUCACCUACAUGCUGCUCAGUGGCCUCUCCCCGUUCCUGGGUGACAAUGACACCGAGACGCUCAACAAUGUCCUGGCUGCCAACUGGUACUUCGAUGAGGAGACCUUUGAGAGUGUCUCUGAUGAGGCCAAGGACUUCGUCUCAAACCUCAUCAUCAAGGAGAAGAGUGCCCGGAUGAGUGCUGCCCAGUGCCUGGAGCACCCCUGGCUCAACAACCUGGCAGAAAAGGCGAAACGCUGCAACCGCCGCCUCAAGUCCCAGGUGCUGCUCAAGAAAUAUGUCAUGAGGCGGCGCUGGAAGAAAAACUUCAUCGGGGUGUGCGCUGCCAACCGCUUCAGGAAGAUCACCAGCUCGGGGUCACUGACGGCACUGGAUGUCUGA